AGUCACCUUUCUCUCCUCGUGACCGUAGCACAUAUGUUUUGCGACCGGCAAUGGCGCACUCGCGGCACUGAAAGGCGCUUGACAUUAAGUUACAAUUUUCUCUAUUAAGAUAUAUUGCUAAAUGAGACGAGAAUUGAGCGAAAAUACCAUUUUUUUCUGUCAAUUUUGUUCUUAACGAAACUUUAAAGAGAGAGAGAAAAAAGCAAAAAAAAAUAUACACGGCGAUAUGGGAAUGGAUUGAGGAUUAAGGAAUCUGCGAAGUUGCUAACAAGUGCACAGUGAAAAAUAUCGAAAAAGGAUAUCGAACGGAGCCUGCUCUUCUUCCAACCUCAAAGCCAACGAUCAACGAUCGAACAUGACGCUUUUCACGAUCGGUCUUCUCCUCGCGCUUGCUGUCACUUCCGGAGUCGAUUGCGUUCGGAAUACGCCGAGAAGUUUGCGCGCGAGCAGAAAUGAGGGAUCUCUGGAGUUCGAGUGUCCUGAAGAAUUCGGCUAUUAUCCCCACCCCCGUGACUGCACGCAGUACUACGUCUGCGUUUUCGGAGGCGCGUUAUUGGAGUCCUGCACUGGCGGUCUCAUGUACAGCCAUGAGCUGCAGACUUGUGAUUGGCCACGCAAUGUUGGAUGCCUCAGUGGUGGCAGCAUCGCCAAAGAAACCGAGGAAGAAGAUGUCCUGUUGGAAAGAUCCGCAAAGGCUGAAUCUGCAGAACUGCACCAUCAGCAGCAGCAGCAGCAGCAGCAGCAUCACCAGAGCAGGCAUCAUCAGCGUCAACCGAUUCAGAGACAGCAGUCCCAAGUAACGGUGACGUCAUCGUCGCCUCCGGUAUCUCAAAUAACGGAGAGGCAGCAGCCGCGACAGAGACAGCAGCAUCAGCGGACGUACGAGGAGGUGGAUGAGUACGAGCCAGCGUCGGAGAUCGAGAGUGAUCGUCAGCAGCGCGUCUAUCGCGGUCAGCCGUCGACGGUCGGCCAAGUUCAGCGUGAUCGUGAUGGCCUCAGGCGCAAUAUUAUUUCAGAACGUAGCGAGUCCGAUGGCCCACGGGAAGGAGGAACUUUGACGAAUAACGUCAGUUCUAACUCGGCGGGUACGACUGCGACGACGACGAUCCUCCACCGAGGAAUUCAGGACGACUCGGCAGCCAGGAUCAAGGCCUCCCAGAGGCACGAAUUCGCUGGACAAACUUCUCCGACAUUCCCAUCGACGUUCUACCAACAAUCUAUUGGCUCCGGCGAGGCUCAUCGACCGAAGGACAGCGAAUCCCUCGUCACGACGAGCUCGUCUCGUUCCAUCCUUCAACAGCCGCGUUCUCGGAGCGAGGAAACCUCAUUCACUUCGCCAACUUCAAUAGCCUCGCAGUGGCAACGCUCCACCGAGGAGUUCGAGAGGAACGAGAUUUCCGUCACCCCAUCGUCGUUCCGUCAACGACCGACCGGCUCCUCCGAACCUCCUCUGAGGCCUGAUGAGUUUUCCGCUGGGACCUCAAGAAACUCGAAUCAGCCGCGCUCCAGGACCGAUGUUUAUCAAUCUUCGUCUCCCUCCUGGUUGAGAUCGACGGAAGAACUGGAGAAAAACGAAAUAUCCGUGAGUCCUGGUCCAGCCGGACGUGGCUUUAUGGUCAAACGCCUGCGUGCUGACCGUCAAGACUUUGAUUUCGAUGAGAAAGACGUUUCUGGGGUGACGCCUGCGUACUCGAGUUCAAGUUCCGAGGACGCGGUUAUUCAGCACGAGAGAGGCGAGUCAAGAAACCUGGAGGUAUCGGUCAGCCCGUCGCGUCAACGAACGCGAGAAAAUUUAAUCCCGUCGGGUUUCCAGCCGCGAGCGACGGAAAAAUCGAGCUCGAUAACCGACAAUCGGCUCUCGACAUUCGACUCGUUGUCCGCUCGAAGAGCGUCUUACGAAGAUCCAGAAAAUCGCAAAUACUACGCAGUCACGAUACCGCAACGAUACUCGACCGAAAGUCCAGAAGACGCGGGACGUGGGAAUUAUCUCAAAACUCGUAAAGUUCCGGUCAAUCCUGUUCCACUGAAUUCCACCGAAGGCGAUCAGCAGGAGAGGAAAUAUUACAUUCCGUUGGUGCAGCAGCAGCAGCAGCAGCAGCAGCAACCGCGACAGCGAGGAAAUUCCUUCGGUUCCGAAGCCCCGCGAUCAUCCGGGCAAGUCUCGAAGAGGCGAAACGAGUCAAUGGAGGAUAAGAGAAUUUUGGAGAAACCAGAAGCCCUCGAUGCUUACUCACCGAGUUCGAAAGAGCAAGGAAUUCCCGAGGACAAAGAGCCGGAAAAACUGUCCUCCGCGACGGCCAGCGUGAAAGCAACGACAACGAUGGUCGCGACGACAACGACAACGAGCAUCAGUACCAGCGACGCUAGUCCGGAAGAUCCAACGAGAAAUGAAGUUGGAUCGGGACAACGCGCCUCCGGACAACGCUCAGAACUUUUCUCUACUUCCGCUGGCGUUGAUACGAACGAGACCGAAGGGAAUGAAAUACCGAGCUCGAAUCGUGGCUCUAUCAACAUCCGAGCUCGUCAACGUUCCUUCGUCAGAGGACAAUCGCGGCACAAGACGAAGGAAGAAAUCGGAAGAACUGCGAGACCCGAACGGGAGAAAGACAGCCUCGUCAACUCGCGAGGUCAGACCGAAAGCCAUUACAGAGCCAUCUCCUCCGAAUCCCCGAGAACCGCCAAAACCACCGUUUCCACUUCGGCACCCAUUUCUAAAUCUUACUACAGCGAUCCCGAUCAGAGCUAUCCUUAUUACACGAUUUACGACGACGACGUCAUCUACAAGGACGACGAUUACGCGCAAUACACCGUCAACCGAACUGUCCAAAUUCAACAACAACCGCAACUUCACCAUCAUCAACAUCAGCAACAAAACGUUCGAAUCGCCGAAGUAACUCCCAACUCUAAUCAGUACAGCCAGAAACCGAAAAAGGUCACCAUCAACGAUGCUGAUAAAUACAAUCUCAACCCGGAAGUGACGGUUUCCGAUUACGAUAUUUACGACAAUCAGCCUCUGAAGAACAAAUUCCGAAUUUCUGAUGGACAACAAUCUUUGAGGACAAACGGGCUCAGCCAUUCAGGGGUUCACGUGACGACUCCCAACGCAAUUAUCGACACUUACGUCCCAUUGACAACGACCACACAGCCACCACCCACGACCACCAUUCGUCCUUACACCGUAACCGUUCAAAACCGAGGCCGACCGCAAGUUAACCGUGGCACCGCACCACCGCGAUUGCGUCCAACGCUCAAGCCGUCAACGGCAAUCGUAGCCAAAGCCCAAGAAUACGUGGACAUCUACAGAUAUCCACCUGUCAGACCUGGACCAAUUUAUCCAACUCCGACUGUCGACAAACCUGCAGCCAAGUGUCGCAAGGACGUUUGUCUACUUCCCGAUUGCAAUUGCGGAGGCACCGAUAUUCCUGGUGGAAUACCGGUGGAAAAAACACCUCAAAUAGUGCUACUGACGUUCGACGAUGCCGUAAACGAUCUUAACAAACAGCUGUAUGAGGAUUUGUUCGAAAGAGGUAGAAAAAAUCCGAACGGUUGUCCUAUCAGUUCGACUCUCUAUGUGUCACACGAAUGGACCGAUUAUAGUCAGGUACAGAAUUUGUACGCCGAUGGACACGAGCUCGCGUCCCACACAGUCUCUCACAGUUUCGGUGAACAAUUCUCGGCGAGAAAAUGGGCUCGUGAAGUUGCCGGACAACGCGAGAUUUUGGCCGCUUACGGAGGCGUCAAGUUGGAAGAUGUGAGAGGAAUGAGAGCGCCCUUCCUCUCGGUCGGCGGUAACAAUAUGUUCAAAAUGCUUUGGGACACCAACUUCACCUACGACUCGUCCAUGCCGAUCUACGAGAAUCGACCUCCGAGCUGGCCCUACACACUCGAUUACAAAUUAUUCCACGAUUGCAUGAUUCCUCCAUGUCCGACGAGAUCUUAUCCAGGACUGUGGGAAGUUCCUAUGGUCAUGUGGCAGGACCUCAACGGAGGCAGAUGCUCCAUGGGCGACGCCUGCAGCAAUCCACCGACCUCCGAUGGCGUCUACAAAAUGUUGAUCAAAAAUUUCGAAAGGCACUACACCACCAACAGAGCACCAUUCGGUCUUUUCUAUCACGCUGCUUGGUUCACUCAACCCCAUCACAAAGAAGGUUUCAUUUCUUUCUUGGAUACGAUCGUAGCCAUGGAUGAUGUUUGGGUCGUCACCAACUGGCAGGCGCUCCAAUGGGUCAGGAAUCCAACCCCGAUCGAGCUUCUCGACAGAUUUGAGCCUUUCGGCUGCAAUUAUCCCGACCGACCGAAAAAGUGUAACAACCCAAAAGUGUGCAAUUUGUGGCACAAAAGUGGUGUGAGAUACAUGAAGACGUGCCAGCCUUGUCCGGACAUAUAUCCAUGGACGGGAAAAACGGGAAUUCGAAGCAGUCGUAUCGACAAUGAGAUUGAAAAUUGAAAUCGAGGAGGAGGCGGAUUCAGCUGAGUCCGGACGAGAUAAAUAUCAGAAAUGAAGAAAAAAAAUCACAAACAAAUGAAAAACCCACCAGGAAUUUUAAUUAAAUACGAUCCUUACGAUCUGAAUUAUAAACUAUUUUCAGCCUUCUAUUCAUAUGUAUCUAAGUGCGUUUUUAGUCGCUCGUCAACUGCGGUCACUGUUAAAAAAAAAAAAUGAAAAAAAUUGAGAAAAAAAAAAGAAAAAACUGUGAUGAACCGAAAACAGGAUCAGAAGAAGUAGGAUAUUUUUGUAUUGUUUCCUGUUUCCGGUUCGUACUCGUGGCUCGCAAUUGUAAGUAUUAAAUGCGACUUUAAGAGCAAGUUUUGAGCUCCUUUAAAAUUAGUAUAAAAAAGUUAAAAAAUUAAAUCUCAAGCAAAAUCUUAAAAAGAUCGAUAUUGUGAAGGAUUCGAAGGCUAAAAUUGUACAUAAAAUUCCAUGUCUUUUUAUACAACGAUAAACUAUCAGGAAAAAACAACGUGGCUGCCAAUUUUUUACGAUCGCAUAUUAACUUAUUUUAUCCAACGAGACCAACAUUUCGAAAAAUCACGCGCUUCCUAUUUCCAACAGGACUUAUUUUUUGCCAAUUGUAUAGAAGAAAUGAGACAACUUUUAUUUUAAUUUUCGAGCGCAAUUGAAACUGCAGGUUUCGAACUGGCCGUGAAACGAAUAGAACGUUGGUCCUCGCAACUAGAGUCGAACGAGGUUCGAGAGAAAAAAAGUAUCUGCGCAAUCAACGAUUUUAUAAAUUAUGGAGAUCCAAUCAAGAGUUACGAAAAUACUAGAAAAUUUGUAAAUUAUGCAUUGAUUAAUUGUAAAAAUAAACGUAUCUUAUUAUACUUAUAAAAAAA